AUGACGGAAAAACAGCCUGAGAAAACCCUCGCUUCAGCCAGCGCUACUACCAAUGCCCGCGGCAUCCCUAUCGCGCCCUUCGUCGACGAUGUCAGCGACUACGUGUCCACCCGCGCGGACGUCGAGCCCACGCUCCGCUCGUUUCAAGAGAUGAUAUCGAAAUACCAAUUCAUGGAGCUCAACACCCGGCGGCGCGCCCAAGGCCUCAAGGACAAAAUUCCCGAUAUCAGCAAGACUCUAGACACCGUCAAGUUCCUAAGUGCCAGACGAAAGGCUGGGUCAACUGCACCUCUACAAACCGCGUUCGAACUCAACGACACCUUAUACGCUCGCGCGGAAAUUUCUCCUGAAGAUACGGACGAAGUAUACCUUUGGUUGGGCGCCAACGUUAUGCUGGCCUACCCUAUCGACGAAGCAGAAACGCUGCUUACUGAUAAGCUGAAGGCUGCCAAAGUGAGCUUAAGCAACUGUGAGGAAGAUCUGGAGUUUUUACGAGAGCAGGUCACGACUCUCGAGGUAGCUACUGCACGUGUAUAUAAUUGGGACGUGAUGCAGAAACGAAAAGAAAAAGGCGAAGGGAAAGAGGAGAAAGAGGACAAGACGACCAAGUCAGGAGGAGAAUCAUGA